AUGGUGUCGUCACAAUCGGGAUACGUCGCGAUCCCAACCUCAGACACGGACACCGGCGUCGGCUCAUCGCGCCACGCUUCCGCCUCGUCCUCGCUCUCCUCAUCACCGCUGCAGCACGCUACUGCCACCUUGUAUCCCCUACCGUCGCACGACCAGCCGUACGAGCUGUCGGAGAAGAAACAGGCCGCCUGGCACACGCAUGCUGCCAAAUCGCCGUUCCAAGACCCAUACACGCCAGACAGCGGCGAAGCCAAGACGCUGCUGCGGAGCGCAGCAGGAUGGAUCCAGAGGUGCAAGACCACCGUGUUGGUGUGUGUCUGCAUCGUGCUGGCGACCAUGGUGCUGCUGCGCGAUUACCGGGCUUCCUCCCCACCUCCUGCAUCCCCAUCCACGAACGCGCUUGUAGCUUCCUCUUCCACGACGACGACGUCGCCGACAUUGCCGUCGCCGACGCCGCCGACGCCAGCAUACCGGCUCGAGGACGACAUGGUGCUCAUCACCAAGGUGGGCUCGGCAACCGUGCACAAACGACUGCUGAUCCACCUGGCCGAACAGCCGCGCUCACACCUGUACAUGCCCAACCAGCUCUACGUCUCCGACUACGCGCUCCAGCUAGGCAACAUCACGCUGUACGACGCGCUCGCCAACGUCACGUCGACCAUCUCGGCGCUCCCCGAAUUCCGCUCGCUCCGGGGCGAGCUCCAAGCGCUGCUCGAAAGCAACCAGAACCUGGACGACAUGAGUAGCAAGGACGCCGGGUGGAAGUUGGACAAGUACAAGUUCCUGCCUGCGGUGGCCGAGGCGUGGAGGCGCUUCCCGGGCAAGAAGUGGUAUGUGCUCGUGGAGGCGGACACGUUUGUGUUCUGGGACGAGAUGGUCAAGUGGUUGGGACGGCUGGAUGAGGGCGAGCAGUACUUGCUGGGCCACCCGUCGUUUUGCGACUAUGACGGCAAGAGUACUAUGUUUACGCAUGGCGGGUCGGGGAUUGUCAUGUCGCGCACGCUGGUGGAAGCGUCGUUUGGGAGCGAUGCCGAGUUCGAGCAUACGCACGAUGAGCUCAUCCAGGCCUCUGCGUUUGGCGACGCUCUCCUCUCGAAGGCGAUCUAUGACUCGCCGCGGGUGCACCUUACGGAGCUCAGCCCGGAAGGUGGCGAGCGUUUUAACAGCGAUCCUCCACGCGUGCUCAAGUUUGUGCGCGGCACGUGGUGUAAGCCCAUCCUGACGUUCCACCACAUCACCCCGACCGACGCAGUGCACAUGUACGACUUCCAGCGCCGCAUCACCCCGCUUCUCCCCGCCAACGACACGGUCAGAUGGGCCGAUGUCUGGGAUGAAUUCACCCCACACUUCCUCAAGCAGGCCAUGGAGCAGGUCGGUCGCUUCCACAACGAUCACAGUGCGCAGUUUGUCGAUCCGGCAACGGGCGCAGAGCCGGGCGAGGUGGCUAUUGUGGAUUGGCAGGCGUUCGAGGACUGGGACAGCGAGACUACCGACGUUGUCACCCCGAGCGCCGACGAGUGCCAGCGCAAAUGCAGGCAGGAUGCAAACUGUCUCAUGUGGGAGUGGCGCAAAAAGGGCGACGGCUGGCCGGAGCAGGAGUGGGCGCAAAAUCGCAAGCGCGACGAGCAGGCGAGAGUGUGGGGGAAGUGCAGGUAUACCACCGAGUUCCUGCGCAUUGGCCUGACCAAGCCCAAGGCGGACGACGAGUUGACCACCGGCUGGAUGGGGAGCCGCAUCGACCGGUGGAGACGGGAGCAGGUGUGUUCCGGCAGGACCGGGCUGAAUGGGUAUGAUUAG